AUGCUUGGAGCAGGCGAAAAGGAUCCACCUGAAACAGACUGGCUAGCCUCCCACCAAGACCGCUUACGAGAUGCUUACCUCAAAGCAGGGGAGCACCUCAGACAGCAAGCAGAUGCACGGAAAGCCACCAGCGACAAGAGUACCAAUGACCAGCCAAUUGAAAAAAGGCCAGUUUGUCUACCCACGCAGUCAUCCCGAGGCAGAAACAAGAUACAGGAUGCUUGGGAUCCCACCUUGUACAAAGUUCAAGAGACGCCAGGACCUACAGGAGCUGUUUAUACAGUUGCUCCAGCCCAUGGAGAUGGACCCAGCAAGAGAGUAUAUCGGACCCUGAUGAGACCAUGUCACAGGCAGGUACAGCCAUGCCUUGACACCAACCCCAUUGUACCGACAGAUUUGAUUUCCCCAAGAGCGAGACAUAAUGGAGUGCCCACUGAACCCCAAGACGAUGAGGAAGAGAUAAUUGUGAUGAGAAGACGCCCCCAUCCUGUAUUGAACACAGCACCUCCAGAACCCUGUGAGCCUGUGAACCCCCCGGAAGAAUCGGAAACCAGUGAGCCCCCAGUUCCAGAAAUGCCCAUUGAAGUGACCCCAGGAGAUCAAGCGCCCUAUGCAGAACCUGAGAUUGUUGAACCUGCCGUUCUAGUACCCCCAGUUGCAGAAACCCCCGAAGAACCAGUUCAUGUGGGACACCCAGCCCCAGAGCCCCCUGAAGAGACGACCCUGAGACGCUCAACCCGGACGACAGCAGGACAGCAUUCUAAUCCCCAUAGAGCCCCAAGAUCAGCAGUAAAUAACUCAGUGACAUUGACUGUUAAAGACUUUCCAGUAUAUUUCAUUUUGUUAUUCUGGUUCUUAGCAUAUAGCCUUUGGUAA